UGUGGAUUCUUCUUUCCAGAAAUAAAAAGAAAUCUAGGCAAAUAUGUGCACCGCUGUCCUGAGUCUGUAAAAAAGUGGCUUCGACAGCUGAAGGAUGCUGGGAAAAUCACUAUGUUGAUCACUAGUUCCCACAGUGAUUACUGUAAACUUCUUGGCAGUUACAUCCUUGGGAAGGAUUUUGCAGACCUUUUUGACAUUGUGAUUACAAAUGCAUUAAAGCCUGGAUUCUUCUCACAUUUCCCAAGCCAGAGGCCUUUCCACACUCUUGAGAAUGAUGAGGAGAAGGAUGAGCUGCCAUCCCUGGAUAAACCCGGCUGGUACUCCCAAGGGAACGCUGCCCACCUUUAUGAACUUCUGAAGAAAAUGACCAGCAAGCCUGAACCCAAGGUCGUUUACUUUGGUGACAGCAUGCAUUCAGACAUUUUCCCAGCCUGUCACUAUACUAACUGGGAGACAGUCCUGAUUCUUGAGGAGCUUCGGGGGCAAGAAAUGGAGACGCCUGAGGAAGCAGAGCCUGUGGAGAAAAGAGGAAAAUAUGAGGCGCCAAAGGUAAAGCCUCUAAAUUCCUUAUCUAAUAAAUGGGGCUCGUACUUUAUUGACUCAGUCUCCAGACGGGGAAGUGCAGAAGACUCCUUGGUUUAUACUUGGUCUUCUAAGAGAAUCAGCACCUACAGUACGAUUGCAAUUCCGAGCAUUGAAUCCAUUGCAGAGUUACCCCUCGACUACAAAUUUACAAGAUUCUCUACCAACAGUUCAAAAACGGCUGGUUACUAUCCCUUGGUCCAUUAUACCUUGGGCUCUCAAGACACAGACAGCAAAAUAAUCUCUACUGAAAAAUGAACCAACCAUAUGCACAGUAGAUAUACUGUUUAAAAAAUGUUAAUUUUCCACAACAAUGCAAAUGUUUUAUAUGAACAAAUUUUUAAUGAAAAUUGACCAAAUGGAUACUUGUCAGUCUGUCUUUUUAAAAUAUUAGUAAUUUUAUAUAAAUCAUUUUAAUGUUUAACGAUUCUUGUUAUAUUAAUAUUUUUAGUACCCUAGACUAAAAGAGAACAUGACUGAUAUUUUCUAUACUGGUAGUUUUGAGGAUUCUCCCAAAAUGAUAACAAACACAUGCAAGUGUGCAUUCAUACCUGGUCCAGCAGUUUCCAAAUCCUGGUCCACAGACUAAUAGCAGAGCAACAUAGAAUUUGAAAAUGCAAAUCUGAAUGCUUCAUUCCAAACCCACUGAGUCAGAAACUUUGGGAGUGGGGCCAGCAGUGGCUUUUAAGCAAGCUUCCAAUAAAUCUGAUGCUUUAUUAUGAUUUGAGACCUAGUAAAUAAACCCAGUGUUGAGUAUUCAUGCUUUUAACUGAAAGUGUAACCUGAAUUGAUAACACCAGAGUCUAGUGAAAACAGGUUAUUAUUCUAAGCCAUUAGGCUUUUUGAUAUUUUCUUUUCCCCAAAAAAUACAUAAGGAGAAAUGAUUUAAGAUAAUAUUACCUCAUUCCUUAGUAGUAAUUUCUCACAUUAGGAAGAAGUUAAAUUUAUGCCUAUUAAACUUAAGGUCCAGCUUUGUCCUUGGGAAGGGAGCUGAAAGAAGCACUCUACAGUUGUAUAGCUACACUUCAGGUCAGGAUAUGCUGUGUUCUGUGUGGUUUUGAUUAGUUAACGUGCAUCAGAUCAUGUUUACACAAGAUGUUUAGAUUCAGUUGAUAUUUGUAAGCUCCUGGUUCCUCUUUUGUCUGCUAACUUUACUGUCCAUAAUGGACAGGAUUAGAAAACGUUAUCAUUUUUUCUUGGAAUUUAGCAUAUUAACAUAUGCACUGAAAAACUAUUUUUCUAAAAUUUCCAAAUAUUCUGAUAAAUCCCACUGUACUAUGAGUAUGUGUUUCUCAGGGUAAUUAAAACGGAUACAGAACCUAUUUCUUUAUUAUUAGUAUCUUUGAUGUUGAUCAGUAAGAAUACAUAUACAGAGAUAUAUUUGAUAUCCAAAAUGUCAUGAGAGUGUCAAAAAUGAACACAUGCAAUCAAUCUUAGGCCCAAAUAAAAAAUGCUAUCUAUUGUAUGCUUUAAGUAGAGAUUUCAGUUUGCUCUAAAAUAAAGCUAUUUUUCUCUAUA